AGUUUUUCUUCUGAUAUCUGGUCGAUGGAUUUAUCACUGACAAUAAAACAAUAUUUUAGCUAGAGAUCGAGUGAAGCAUGGGGGACUGGAGCUUUCUGGGGCGGCUGCUGGAGAAUGCUCAAGAACACUCCACUGUGAUUGGAAAGGUUUGGCUUACCGUCCUCUUCAUCUUCCGCAUCUUGGUUCUGGGCGCAGCAGCCGAAGAGGUUUGGGGCGACGAGCAGUCGGACUUUACUUGUAACACGCAGCAGCCCGGUUGCGAGAACGUCUGCUACGACGAGGCCUUCCCCAUCUCCCACAUCCGCUUCUGGGUGCUGCAGAUCAUCUUUGUCUCCACGCCCACGCUCAUAUACCUGGGCCAUGUGCUGCACAUAGUCCGCAUGGAGGAGAAGAGGAGGGAGAGGGAGGAGGAGCUCAGAAAGGCCGGGCGGCACCAGGAGGACAACGACCCGCUCUUUCACAAUGGAGUCGGUAACGGAGGAGGAGGUGGUGGUGGGAAGAAGGAGAAGCCGCCUAUUCGUGACGAGCACGGAAAGAUCCGUAUCCGCGGGGCGUUACUGAGGACCUACAUCUUCAACAUCAUCUUCAAGACUCUGUUUGAGGUGGGCUUCAUCCUGGGACAGUACUUCCUCUAUGGCUUCCACCUGAGGCCGCUCUAUAAAUGUGGCCGCUGGCCCUGCCCCAAUACGGUGGACUGCUUCAUCUCCAGGCCCACUGAAAAGACAAUCUUCAUCAUCUUCAUGCUGGUGGUUGCCUGCGUGUCUCUGCUCCUCAACCUGUUGGAGAUAUACCACCUGGGCUGGAAGAAGGUCAAGCAGGGGGUCAGCAGUGAGUCCAUCCCGUACUCCUGCAUGAACGUGAUAGGGGGUGGAGCAGCGGAGGGCGGAGCCUACUGUCCAGCUGAAGCCUCCCCUGCAGUGAUGUCUGUGCCCGCAGCACUAAAGAUGGACGAGUUCCACCCAGACGACUUCCUGUUGGAGGCCCUGCCCACUUCCUUUUACGGCGAGAGGGGGAGUGUCGGGGACCGCAGUCAGCUGAAGGAGAUGGAUCAGAACUGGAGCAACAUGGCGCUGGAGCUCCACAAUCAGGAAGGACAAAACUCCUCCUCCUGCCCCCCUCCUCUGCCCUCUUCUCCCACCACCUCCUCCUCCUCUCCUCACGGGGAGAGCACCCCACCCCUCCCAGAUGGGGAGGAACACUCUGAGUUUCCUACACUUCCUCGUCACACCCCUCUCUCCCCCCUUGCACCGGAGGAGGUGGUGGAUGAAGAAACUACAUCGCCUCGAAUGGGCCUACAUGACGACUUCACCGUGGUAACCAGGGUGGAGAUGCACCCGCCUCCUGCUUCUCCCGCGCCGAACAUCCGGAAGCCGAGUCGGGCCUUCAGGAGCGGCGGCAUCCGAGCUCGUCCCGACGACUUGGCAGUGUAG